GCCGCAGUCUUCACGGGAGGUGUCAAUAGUAUAGUCUGAUUUAAUCAGUAUAUUAAAUGGGCAGUGAUAUUUCCAGCAGUGCAAGCAUGAAGAGUGAUAACAAGCCGACAGCGAGCGAGUAACUUUAAAUUACCAAAGUGACACAAGACUAGCGUAGCUAAGUUACUUGCUGAGCGACCGUUACAACCAGCCCAGCUAAUGCUAAUCUUCAACAUCAGCAGAACUGACGUUAACUUAGCUAAUAGCAAGUUUGCUAGGCAGCAUUAGCAAACCGCUGAAGCGGAUUGUUUGCUGUCAGUGGCUCGUGUGUUGAUGACAGCCACAAGAAAUAGUUAAGUAACACAGAUACGGUUCCAUCAAGUGGAUCUAUCACAUUGUCUUUGUGUUAACAGUUAGCUGAUUAAAUGCUGUUAAUGUCUUUUCUGCAGAUAUCUUUGGUAUUUCAGUCCGAGUGUAACAUGUCAGGUAGUUUGAGAAGUUAUUUGCUACCAGUACACUCCUAAUGUAAUCAGUCGUACUAACAAUAACACGUGACAGUUUCUGACCAUUUUGCUCCCCGGGGGCUGACGUCCACUGAGGCGAGUGAUCUUUGAUCAUUUUUGAUUAUCGAUUAAUCGUGUCAGUCCUUUUUUUUUUUAAAAAAGCAAAAAACAUCAACCAUUCUCUGGUUGCAGCUUCUCCUGUAUUGUCCAGCCUUACCCAGCCCCACUGUGGAUCUUUAGCCCCUCCAGCAGGACAGUGGCAGAGGCAGAGCCAGAGCCAUCAGGGACCAGACCAGCAGGCAGCAGGGCUACAUGAGCACGACGGGGCAGCAGCAGGCGGGGGGGCUGCGUUCUCGCCGAGGCCUUGGCCGGGACAAGGACCCUGGGCAGGGCAUGGGCAUGGAGGCGGCCUGCUGGCUGGCCCCCGGAGUGCUGCGCAGGCUGAUAGAGCUGCCCUCACCCCCCCUGUCCCGACACCAACUCAAGAGACUGGAGGAGCACAGGUACAGCAGUGCUGGACGCUCCCUGCUGGAGCCACUGAUGCAGCGUUACUGGGAAUGGUUGGUGGGACGAGUCCCUUCCUGGAUUGCCCCCAACCUCAUCACCAUCAUCGGCCUGGCUACCAACGUCUUCACCACCCUUGUGCUCAUCUAUUACUGCCCAACUGCCACUGAACAGGCUCCUCUCUGGGCAUACCUGCUGUGUGCUGUGGGUCUGUUUAUCUACCAGUCAUUGGACGCCAUCGACGGGAAGCAGGCCAGGCGCACCAAUAGCAGCUCUCCGCUGGGCGAGCUGUUUGACCACGGUUGUGACUCCCUCUCCACCGUGUUUGUGGUGUUGGGAACCAGUAUAGCAGUGCAGAUGGGUACCAACCCGGACUGGAUGUUCUUCUGCUGCUUCGCCGGGAUGUUUAUGUUCUACUGUGCCCACUGGCAAACAUAUGUGUCGGGAACGCUGCGCUUUGGCAUCAUUGAUGUGACUGAGGUGCAAAUCUUCAUAAUAAUCAUGUAUUUGCUGGCCGCCGUGGGAGGAUCUGCUUUUUGGCAGUCACUGAUUCCGAUCCUAAAUAUCCAGAUGAAAAUGGUUCCUGCCAUCUGCACUUUUUUAGGAGCCAUCUUCUCCUGCACCAAUUACUUUAGAGUUAUUUUUACAGGAGGUGUGGGCAAAAACGGAUCCACAAUAGCAGGAACCAGCGUCCUCUCUCCAGUCUUACAUAUUGGUUCAGUUAUAAUUUUGGCGAUGAUGAUAUACAAAAAGUCUGCUGUCCAGCUCUUCGAGAAACAUCCGUGUCUUUACAUCCUGGCGUUUGGCUUCGUCUCGGCCAAAAUCACCAAUAAAUUAGUUGUAGCACAUAUGACAAAAAGUGAGAUGCAUCUCCACGAUUUAGCCUUCCUGGGACCAGGACUACUGUUCCUGGAUCAGUAUUUCAAUAGUUUUAUUGACGAGUACCUGGUGCUGUGGAUUGCAUUGAUCAUUUCCUUUUUUGACUUGGUGCGUUACUGUGUCAGUGUUUGCAACCAGAUUGCCUGCCAUCUUCACAUUUUUGUUUUCAAAAUCAAGCCUUGUUCAUUGCUCAGUUCAGCUCCUCACUGAGGACACGCCGGCCAUUACUGACUCUGUCCCUUCCUGUUAGUCGCACUCAUCUUUUCUUCCCUCGGUUUUCCACGUAGAGAUGCAGGGGACGACGUGGUGUAAAGUAUGUGCUUCUGCCAACUGAAUGUGAGGACAAAUAAUAUAUAUUAAGAUACUGGAGUAUUACUGUCAUUGUUUCUUUUUCACCAGUGCAGAAUUGAAUUUGUACCAGUUUCAUCUUCUGCCCCCAAUAAUAACAAAUCUCCUUCUGACAAACUCGUGGUUUCACAGAACAAAUAUUUCAGGAGAGUACAGGUGCUACUCACUGUGUUCAAGGAGAGAAACUUAAGUGUGUUUUAAUGUUUCAUGUGCAAAGAAAAUGUAUAGGAAAUGAAUCAAACUCUGCUUUUCAUGAUUAUAAUUUUUUGUAAUAUUUGCAUAACUUUACCAUUUGUUACUGUAAAUACCAAACUGUUACGGUGUCUGUGCUUCUCUUUUAGGUUAAAAAAUCCUGCUUUGACACAUUUAUAAACCCUUUCCUUCAUGUAUAUGAUUUUAAAACAACUUUAUCUCCUGCACAUCACACGAAACUGUGCGACUAUUUCACAUCAGCAAAAUGCGGUUUAGGAGGAAACAUAAUGUCGACUUUGUUACGUUUUUCGUUUACAUAUCAAAAUAUUCACUGCCAAUGUUUUUCGUUUAGUUUGUCAACCGAAAGCACCUCGUUACAACUACACAUGGGAUUUUUGGGGCAGUAUCAAAGUUUGGGUAGGAAUUUUGUGUGUAUUUAUUGUCAUAUGUAAUGUUAUUUGCUAAUAUAUUCAUUAUGAAACUGAUAGUUUUGUUAAUGCUUCAUACAGUCUACACUUUAUUCUCUUUAUUGUAAAUAGAUAAGGACACGCCAUGCACAAGAGGGAAAGACAUGACAUUUCACACAAAGAUAUCUAAACUCAAAGGUCCACUUACUAGCUAUUCAGAGCUUUGCAGAUGUGGAUGAAAGGUCUGAAAGCUAGUAAGUAGGACUUGAAGUGUGAACUUUGAUACUCAGAUUUUCCCACAUUUUGCAGUUGAUAGGAACAAAGCUCAGGAUGUUUUAAAGUGAAGCAGCAUAGUGUGAACAUGUCUGUCCUUCUUCCUUCUGGCUGCUUUCAAUCAGUCCUCAGAUCAGAUCAGAGUUACCGAUCACUCCGCCAGACGUCACUCCGCUUUCUGUCACUUCUCGUCCCUCAUCUCCACCCGGUAUUAUUAUAUUUCUAUUAUUUAAUGUCAACCGAUCCCAUGAAAAGACCAAAACCAACAGGACUGUGUGUGUGUGCGCGCGUGUGUGUGCGCGCGCGUUCAUGGGUCAUGAAGAAACAGGUCACCCAGUGCAACAGUGUGGCUCAUUGAUGUUUUUAAUAGCUUUUAGACAACAACGGAGCUCUGGGGCACAGAGGAAAAAGUUAAAUCAGGCUUUGGACACACAGACAAAACUUAAUUCAUUGCUGGUUUUGGUCUUUCCAUGGGAUUUGUUGACAAUAAGAAAAAUACAGAGUAUCACCAGACUUAUCCUUCAGAAUGGACGACUGCCUGCCGCCAUUACGAUUAUUUUUGUGAACGUCACACUCCUUCCUGUGUUGCUGGUGAAUGCCGCUACUUAACUGAAUCACGUUUUUAAAAACUGUGUUCAUUAAUGACAUGAAUCUGGUUGACAUUGUGUUCCCCCCCCAUCCCCCAUACCUGCUGAAGCAGAACAGGUGCACGUGGACUGAAUGUGCAGGAGAUGAGGUCACGCGAUGACAUCACAGUUUUUAAGGUGGUGACUGACGAGAAUCCGAUCAAACUUUUGUCCCCAAUUAAUAAAAACCUGUUUGUUUCACUCUGCCUCCACAUGUACCUACAUCAUGUGAUACUGUUACAGCAUCUCAUGCUGGGUGGGUGUUUAAUGUUGCUGCUUCUGAGGAGAACCUGUAGUGAUGGCCUGUAUUAAUGUGGAGGCCAUGUUUGUCCUUAACAGAGAUUAGUUUCUUGCUUUUGCAUAUUGUGCCUGUUUUAUUUAUAUUUUGUUGAACAGCUCCAUCUGCAGAUACUGUAUUAAGCCGCUACAGUUUGUUAAAAUGUUAAAGAAGAUCUAAAAUGCCAA